AGGGCACGGGGACGGGGCACAGCCGUGUAACAAAGACACUGAGCUGGUGGACGGCAUCCAGAGGAGAGCCGCGAGGAUGCUGAUGGGAGCGGAGGGGAAGUCUUAGGAGGAGCGGCUGAGGUCACUUGGUGUGUUCAGCAUGGAGAAGUGGACACUGAGGGGAGACCUCGUUGUGGUCUUCAGCAUCCUCACGAGAGGAAGCAGAGGGGCAGGUAUUGAGCUCUUCACCCUCGUAACCAUUGACAGGAUCCAAGAAAACAUACAAAGGUGAAUCGGGGGAGGUUUAGGUUAGAUACUCAGAAAAAUACCAUGCUUCACCCAGAGGGUGUUUGAGCAAUAGAUCAGGCUCCCCGGGGCAGUUGUCUAGAACUGAGUUCUAGGAAUAUUUGGACAAUGCUGUCAGGCACAGGGUAGGAUUCUUGGGGUGCCUGUGCAGGGUUAGGAGUUGGACUCUGAUCCUGGUGAGUCCCUUCCAGCUCAGCGUAUUCUGUGGCUCUGUGAGGCUGCUCAGGGGUGCCCACGGUGCUGUGGCUGCUUCCAGGGCCAUUUGUCUGCCUGGCAUGCUCGGGGCCAAUCCCUGGGACAGGGUGAGCUGUAGGGUGCAGCCCUUGCUCUGGCCCCUGGGUUUCCCUACCAGGUGUAGGGCAGGUGUGGAUGCUAUUUAAAGCUUCAGCCUUCAUGCUGCCUUCAUUGCUGAUUGCAAAGAUUUGUGAGAAUAGGGAGAGGCCACACCGAACGAGUCUUUCUGAAGGAGCCACUGGCACAUGAGAACGAACAAUGAGAACCUUCUGCAGUGCCUUGAGUUGUCUCUGCAAGUUACAUCGUCUCUUUAACACUGGUAUCCAGCCGUGUGUUGCAUCUUUCUCAGGGUGGAGAUUGGUAGAGAAUUCAUCAUUCAUGGCACACAGAGCUGUACCUGAGACCAAGGAGUGAAGCUCCUACUCGGAGCACAGAAUUGUAGCUACUGCAGUUUUUUGGCUGUGUGUUGUAUUGGCUCCCACAGAACAGCAUCUGGUCUAUGAUUUCUGGCAAGGUUUGCAGUAUCUUGCAUAACAUGCCCCAUGGUUUCUUGAAAAAAGCUUUCUCCACAUCUGCAGAAAUUUUACCUUUCAGCAUGGCCUGCCCUUGGAUCAGUAACACUGUUUCCUGUGGUAGAAAACUUACAUAGAAAGGAGAAUAAACUGUACCAAAAGCUGCACCAGGGUUAAGGCUGUAUGUGGAUAAUUGUUGCUUCUUCAGGCUUCUUGCAGUGGCCCUCAGACUCACAAGUUAUCAUGCUCUGAUACAUUCAAGAAAGACUUUAUGCAAAUCUGUAAUCACUUUCAGUCACAGGGAGGGCAAGAGUUAUUUCUGGCUUUUUUUGUAAUGCAUGUUGAGUGAGUGCAAUGCUGAGCCCAACUUGAGUCACAGGGAACAGGACAAAAAACAUGAAGAGCUGAGAAUAUCUGAGUUAUGUUGGUUCUGGAGAAUUAACUUGAGGGAAGCUUUUUUUCCCCCCCUGGGUCUGCUCUGCUAUCUAUGUUUGUGGCCAUGAAGCAAGGUUUUGUGGUGGGUUUGUUUAAUGUCAUGGAAGGCAGUUAACUUCAGGACUUUUUCAUUGAUUCUUUAGCUUUGUCAACUUCCUUGGAUAUUGGGCUGAGUAACUGGAGCUUCCUGUACGUCACUGUCUCCCUCUACACAAUGACCAAAUCCUCUGCCAUUCUCUUCAUCCUGCUUUUUUCACUGCUCUUCAAGCUGGAGGAAAUGAGGGUGACGUUGCUGCUGGUGGUUCUGCUCAUCGCUGGGGGACUCUUCAUGUUCACCUACAAGUCCACACAGUUCAACGCCCAGGGGUUUGUGCUGGUGCUCUGUGCCUCUUUCCUGGGGGGCAUUCGCUGGACUCUCACACAGAUACUGAUGCAGAAGGCUGAGCUGGGCCUGCCUUUGUCCAUAUCAGAGAAGCUCUUCCGUUUCCAUGAAGCAGGAAUGCUGUUCUCUCUGGUAGGGAAGCUGUUCUUGGGUGGAAUUCUUGCCUUUGGUCUAGGCUUUUCUGAGUUCCUCUUGGUUUCCAGAACAUCUAGCCUCACCCUUUCCAUUGCUGGCAUUUUUAAGGAAAUCUGUAUUUUAUUCCUCGCCACACAUUUACUGGGAGACCGCCUCAGUCUCUUGAACUGGCUGGGCUUUGCUGUCUGCCUGUCAGGAAUCUCUCUUCACGUUGUUCUCAAAGCCAGGAAUUCCAAAGGUGACAAAGCACUGGAGCCACAAAAAGAGGCCAGCUCUGACCCUGACCUGGAGCUGCUGCUGCGCCACCCUGAACACGGUGAGGAAGAGGAAGAGGUGGUUGAAACCCCACAACAGAACUGAUUGAACAUGAAGCACAAAGCCACCUGCUCUGUUGUAACCAGACCUGCCUGACAGCUAUCCAGGAUGGAGGUCCAAAAGUCUCUGUGACCACCCAGAGCAGAGCCAGGGCCUGGUGAGAGAAUUCUGCUGUACUGCUGCAGUGUGGAUCUGUAGAUGCUGCACAAGAAACAGGCAGUAUCCCUUUGACAGGAACUUGGGGGACAAGCCCUGGUUCAGGGGAUGUAGAAUGGUGAAGUGAGACAGGGAAAAGCUGUAAAAAAGUUCAUUAGGGGAUCCUGGAGGCUGUUUACUGAGAGUGUAGACCACGAGCUGUAGAGUGAACAUGGACAUGUCUGGACUGCAGCCUGAUUUUACUGCUCUUUAAGUUUUGACUUCAAAGGACAAGGUAGAUGCACCUUUGCUUUUUUUUUUUUUUUUUAAAUGUUUCUGCAAAUUAGAAACUUCCAUCCUGGUGGAUCAUAUGACUGAAUAAAUCCCUAGAGUUGUCCCAGUGAGAAGGACCAUUUGUGCCUGGGGACCUCCAUGUUCUGUGUGCAUAGUAAGGACAGAAUUAAAUGCUGGUAUUUGGGACCAAUUGAAAAUGAUGAACAUUUCCAGAUGAUGUUGGUUGGAGGGAAGACAGGGGUGCACAAGUACUUCUGGUGCCACAGGCCAAGAGGAGAAUGAGCAGUGUCACAGGAGAUCUAACUUGAGCAAUAAACUUACCAGAAAGUAUGUGGGGUUUUGAGGGGGGGAUUUUUUUGUUUUUUAAAUAAACUCUUUUUCUGAAUCACUUUUGUCUGUA